GGAGCUGUCCGGAACAUCCGGCUGUAGCCUCUCAACAUAAACAGCUAUGGCGGAGGCAGCAGCAGCGUCUGCGGUGGCUUCGGGAGUAAUCGGAGGUUGGACCAAACACGUAACCUGCAGGUAUUUCAUGCAUGGACUUUGCAAAGAAGGAGACAACUGUCGAUAUUCCCACGAUCUAACCAACAGUAAACCGGCCAUGAUUUGCAAGUUCUUUCAGAAGGGAAACUGCGUGUUUGGAGACCGUUGCAGGUUUGAACACUGUAAACCUGCAAAAAACGAGGAGCUGCCAGACGCCCAGAUGCUGCCGCUGCCCUCCGCCGAGCUGGCCGGCCCGUCUGACCCAGAAACCAGUGGGCCAACACCUGGUUCAGGGGCACAAGACUGGGUCAACGCUGCCGAGUUUGUUCCAGGACAACCGUACUGUGGACGGGCUGAGCCAGUGAAGGUGGAGAGUGCCGUCCCUCUCAUCGAGGAGCUUGACAGCAGCGAAACAGAAAACAAAGAGCUGAGGAAGCAACUCUGUCCCUACGCCGCCGUCGGGGAGUGCCGCUACGGUAUCAACUGCGCCUAUCUCCACGGCGACGUGUGUGACAUGUGUGGCCUUCAGGUGCUCCACCCCACUGACAACAACCAGCGGUCCGAGCACACUAAGGCAUGCAUCGAGGCCCACGAGAAAGACAUGGAGAUCUCAUUCGCCAUCCAACGCAGCAAGGACAUGAUGUGCGGCGUGUGUAUGGAGGUGGUGUUCGAGAAGGCCAACCCGAGCGAGCGCCGCUUCGGCAUCCUCUCCAACUGCAACCACUGCUACUGUCUAAAGUGCAUUCGCAAGUGGAGGAGUGCCAAGCAGUUUGAGAGCAAAAUCAUCAAGUCUUGCCCAGAGUGUCGAAUCACAUCCAACUUUGUCAUCCCAAGCGAGUACUGGGUAGAAGAUAAGGAAGACAAACAGAAACUCAUCCAGAAAUACAAGGACGGCAUGGGGACUAAACCCUGUCGAUACUUCGACGAGGGUCGUGGAACGUGCCCCUUUGGCUCAAAUUGCUUCUAUAAGCACGCUUUUCCUGACGGCCGGCUGGAGGAUCCACAACCCCAGCGACGACAGACGGGAUCCAACAGCAGAAACAGGAGCUCGAGGCGAACGGCUCUGUGGGACAUCCUGGACGAGAGGGACAGCACCGACUCCUUUGACAACGACGACGAGGACAUGGUGACGUUCGAGCUGAGCGAGAUGCUCCUCAUGCUGCUCGCCGGAGGAACUGAGGACGAGGCGACGGACUCAGAGGAUGAAUGGGACUUGUUUCACGAGGAGCUGGACAAUAUCUAUGAAUAUUACCUAUAGCAGCCCUGCCCCCUCCUACCCCCCCCUCCCCCAUGUAUAGUAGACACUAGAAUGGACUGUCUUGUGUGAGUGAUGGACAGUAGCUUCUCCCCACCCUUCGUAUUGUGGCAGUGCCUAUAAGCAGGCCAUUAAUAAAUGAACUUGAUAAAAGAUAAAAGGAUAAAAAAAACCAUGUCCGUGCGCUCGUGCUAAACAUUUUCUAGACAUCUAUCUUUGUCAGUCUAUCUUGUGCGGUUCAUGUUAAAGGAAAAACAAUAAGAUGACUUAAAUGGACUCGAUAUAAGGUUUAACAGAAGUACGUUUCUUCAAAUACUGCUAAUAAAGUAAAGUUCAUUUGUGGGUGUGGGUUUGACUUGUUUAUCAUCUACCCAGGUUUGUACAUAAAACGAUACGACUCAAACUGAGGAUGCACUCGAACUUACUCGGCACCACUUACUGUAAUAGUAAUGGGCACGUUGUAAGGUUUUACAUACGGUUUUUGAAGGCCGAAAAAUCUCUUCUUUUUUUUGUCUUUAUUAAAGUUGCUCACAGCAAAUAUAUUGUUCUGAUGUUUAAUAAAUUUACCUUAAUCACUUUCAUGUUGUACUGAAAAGUAUUUUACCCCUUUAUACUUCCGUGAAAAAACAAACUUGUAAGUUUUGUCUGCGUUGUACUGGGACUCCUUAGUCACGGAGUGGCUCAUUAAACUAGUUACUGGAAGAACAGUUCGUAUGAAAUUGACAUCUGACAUACACCAGCUUAAGUACGGAAACGUUUGCGUCAAAAAGAUCUCGGUUAAUAUUAUGAAGAUUGAAUCAGACCGUGCUAAUGAGUAGCCUUUCUGUUGCUGCAUAACCUGUAUUACCCCCUUAGCCACUCAUAAACUUUGAUUUCAUUCUGAGUUAAGUUUAAGCUGCUGUCAGUGAUGUCAUUGUUUGGCUAACUUCCUGCCUGUUGCUGCUGUUGGCAUUCCCUUCACUCUGUGUUACCUCACGUUUUGUCAUUAACACCAAACAUGUUAAUGAGGUGAAUGCUAAUGGGCUAACGGAGAGGAAGUUAAACAAAAUGUAGCUAAAUGCUAGCUAUAAGUCAAUACCAAUUGCUGUUUUACAAUAAACAAAAGAGAAACAAGUUUAAGGAGCCGCUCUGUGACCGAAGUGUUUGUGUUACAAAGAUCUUGAACAGUGAUUUGUUUGUGACCGUUCGUCAAAAUGGCUAAAAGCAACAGGAACCCCACUUUCCUCUGUAAAGGGGGACAUUAUUCUGCCUGUGGAUAAUAGUUGUACACUGCGAACAGUCAUAUGGACAAAAUGGAAUAAGGGGAUGUUUAUUGGAAGUGUUUUCCCUUCAGUUACUCUGAUUCACGGAGAGACUUGACUGGUUCUCUCUGUCUUCACCGAGUAAUGCAUUUUAGGUUUUGCUGCUAAGAUGCUUAUCUACUGACUCAGCCCAUGUAGAACUCCAUUGGAAUUCAGAUGUUUAUACUGAAAUGUGUGUUUUCUAUGUUCCACAGCCAUCCAUCUUAACUUGAAAUUAAAGUUUAUUAUCAAUCUC